AUGAAGGUUCCAAAAAAGGAGCGUGACUUGGCUGGAACCGCGGCUUUUGAGGUUGCUCUUCAGUACAUCAUGGUACGACAGGAUCGGUCCUAUCACUUUGUUCAAUUAUUGACGGCAAUUUGCUCACUGAUCUUUACUCUGGAGGCCUGUUUUAUAUUUGUUUUUAGCUUUUUAUUGCCAGUUUUAGCGGUCAAGCCAGAGAGGUGUUUCCCUUAUCUCCAAGAGUACGCAUCUCUCCCCGUGGCGUUUUUUUCCGGAGUGUGUUUAAUCCUACUGCGUGCUGGUAAUCAGCGCUAUGCCAUCGAACCAGGAGAGCAGCUUAUGCGGCGACUCAACAACACCGUUAUAGAGCCUUGUUUGGGCAUGCACUUUGACUGCGCGACGGGUAAACUGCGAUCGGAUGAAUUGUGGGCUGCCAAUGUUGAUCCAUUAGUUCCUGCAGAUGAUGCAAGCCAGGCUUGA